CUUUGCACGCUUCAUUUACACACACGUCGACGAAGAAACCAUAUCCGCUCAUCAAAGUUUUUAUUGAAAAAAGGCGAAAAGUUUUUUCGACAAAUUCAACAUUUUGCGUAAUACUGUUACGAAUUGUCUCCUUCGUUCGUACGGGGCAAGCUAUGGUUCAAGGUGACUGUGAAUGAAACUGUGGUUUUUAAGAGAAUAUCAAUGGUAGUUAUCUUCUAUAAUGUUUUUUGGACCAAGUGAGUUUGAUGCUGAUGAAAUGGGUUAUGCAAUGAGUAGACUUGAGAUAGAAGCCGAAUUUUGUGAUGCUGGGAAAGACUUUUGUGGAGAUAUUUGCCUGUUAAAGGUCCUUGGCUUGUCGAUCAAAUGAACAGCCGUGCAUAUGUCUCUCAGUUUUCAACUGAUGGUUCUCUCUUUAUUGCGGGCUUUCAGGCAAGCCAUAUUCGGAUUUACAAUGUAGAGAAGGGAUGGAAAGUUCAAAAGGAUAUUCUUGCAAAAAGUUUGCGUUGGACUGUUACUGAUACUUCGCUAUCCCCUAAUCAGCGAAACCUGGUUUACGCAAGCAUGUCACCUAUUGUUCACAUUGUUGAUGUUGGGUCCGGUACAACCGAGUCUCAUGCAAAUGUUACGGAGAUCCAUGAUGGACUAGACUUCUCUUCUGAUGAAGAUGGAGGGUACUCUUUUGGAAUAUUCUCUGUGAAAUUUUCGACUGAUGGACGAGAACUUGUUGCUGGGAGCAGUGAUGAUUCCAUCUAUGUUUAUGAUCUCGAAGCAAAUAGAGUUUCACUCCGGACUGUUGCACACACGUCUGAUGUAAAUACUGUGUGCUUUGCUGACGAAAGUGGAAACCUGAUUUUAUCUGGAAGUGAUGAUAAUCUCUGCAAGGUGUGGGAUAGGCGUUGUUUCAUUGGGAGAGAUAAGCCAGCUGGUGUUUUAGUGGGUCACCUCGAAGGUGUUACCUUUAUAGAUAGCCGUGGAGAUGGUCGCUAUUUCAUAUCAAAUGGCAAAGACCAAACCAUCAAACUGUGGGAUAUCAGAAAAAUGUCUUCAGGUGUACCUGCAAGGCAUGAGGUGCUAAGAAACUAUGAAUGGGAUUACAGAUGGAUGGAUUAUCCUACUGAAGCAAGAGAUCUAAAGCACCCAUCUGAUCAGUCAGUGUCGACAUAUAAAGGUCACUCAGUGUUGCGUACUCUCAUCCGUUGCUACUUUUCUCCAGCUCAUAGUACUGGCCAAAAGUACAUUUACACAGGAUCCAACGACAGUUCUGUCUACAUAUACGACUUGGUAAGUGGAGAUAAAGUAGCAGUGCUAAAGCACCAUAGCUCACCUGUAAGAGACUGUAAUUGGCAUCCGCAUUACCCGACGCUUAUAAGCUCUUCGUGGGACGGAGAUCUUGUGAGAUGGGAAUUUCCGGGAAGUGGUGAGGCACCGAUCAUGAGUAAGAAGAGGGUUCGGAGGAGACAUUUCUACUACUGAUGCAUCUAUAUCUACACAUACACAUCGUCUCUGUAAGUCAUAUAUAUAAAAAUGUAGAGAAGAAGAUGAUGAUAAACGAUGAUAAACAAUAUAAACACAAGUAAGAAUCAUCAAAUAAGGCUUUUAAGUUUAGAAAACAAAGGCUUUGGUGUGCGUGUGGACAGUGUCUUGUUGUGUGUGACAAACACCAUUCUCUUCUCCAACCACUUUUAAAAGGUUAUACAUAUGUUUCGAAUGGUAUGCAAUGUAGUAAUAAUUAUAUACACCUUUGUCA